GAGGUGCACACGCGAAAAUGAGGGUGGCAAUCGUGGCGUUGUUUCUGUGCGCGGUCUGGCCGGAGGGCCUGGACGCCCAGUGCCCUGACCCGGCACUGCUGAAGGACUCCAGCAACGUGAAGCUGUGCGCCCGCCUGUUCGAGAACAGCCACUAUUACAACGAGCAGAGCUGCGGCGGCCGCUACCUGGACGUCUACCCCGGCGACGACCAGCCCAUCCUCCCGUACGUCUGGAACAACCGCGUCUCCUCGCUGGUGGUGUCGCGGCAGUGCAGCCUCACCGUGUGGUCGAAAACCAAGAAGGAGGGGAAGAAGAAGAAGUUCGGCGCGGGUAUCCAGUACCGCCUGAAGGACGUCGGCCAGGGCCUGUUCGGAAACUGGAACGACGACAUCUCCGGCUACUACUGCGCGUGCUAGCCGGCGAAUUAAAAAAAAAAAAAAAAAACGAAGAAAGAGCGGGAGGAGAAAAGAGGGCCGUGGAAAGACGGGAUGGGGAGGAAGAAGAGAAGAGUCACGCCUCACAGAGCAAAGGAAGCCACGCUGUCCUAGCAGGUGUGGACAGGAACGCGCAAUGAAAUGUAAAUCACAUUAAACGUCUGCAACUAAGAAAAA